CAGUGCCUCAUGAGCUUGGUAACAUUUGACGUUAGGUACUAGAAAUUGUGUCCAGUCUUUUCCCUGGAAAGGUUUUCUUUCCAUAUACUGUAAAAUAAGUGGGGAUUUUCAAAGGUCCGCUGUCAAGGAUGGUCUGUGGAGGAUUUACUUGUUCAAAAAAUGCCUUGUGCUCGCUUAAUGUUGUGUACAUGCUGGUGGGCCUGCUGCUGAUAGGUGUGGCGGCAUGGGGAAAGGGCUUCGGCAUAGUUUCCAGCAUCCACAUCAUUGGAGGCGUUAUAGCUGUUGGCGUCUUCCUUCUGCUCAUCGCUAUCGUGGGCCUUAUCGGUGCCAUCCACCACCACCAAGUCAUGCUAUUCUUUUACAUGGUUAUUCUGUUCAUUGUCUUCCUGUUCCAGUUUGGAGUGUCCUGUUCCUGCUUGGCUAUGAAUCAAGGGCAGCAGGGCAAGCUGCUGAACUCCACCUGGGGACUGAUGAGCGACACAAUCAAAGGGGAUCUAGAGAACAAGCUGGACUGCUGUGGACUGCUCAACACCACUCAAAAUCAACUGCAGUUCACAAGUGAUUGGGAAAGAUGUUCCGCGCCUUGUAAAAAGAGUGUUCCGGGAUGUGAGACGUGCGGCUACAAGAUGCUUCAGCAUGCCUCUGAGGCGCUCCGCAUCCUGGGAGGAGUCGGCCUCUUCUUCAGCUUCACGGAGAUUUUGGGUGUUUGGCUGGCUAUGCGCUACAGGAACCAGAAGGACCCUGCAGCGAAUCCCAGUGCUUUCUUAUAGUCUGACGCACACACCCUCACCAUGCAAUAGUGUAGGAAAGCAAUUACUCCUCAAUGUGCUGGAUAGACACAGGCCCUGGUCACUCUCGGGAUGCGUUGGAAAAGAACGCAAGCACUCAAGACACCUAACACACUGGACUCCACGCACCUUCCUGUAAUCUUGUCCCUGAUACACUUGGGUGCCAAGCUGUACCACACACACCUAUAACAGCCACUAAUGUAGAAACGUUUUUCUGUUUGACUCUGUUAUUAUUGUUUUAAUUCUGCGCUAAAGGCGUAAAAGGCUUAAAUAUGCACUCUCGCAGAACCAUUUAAUGUCUCAUGUAUGACAGGAUGGCGUGGGGGCUUGAUUCUCAUGUGAGUACCAUCCUCCUAAAGUGCAGCAUCCUUGACUUGAGUGAAUGCCACUGGAUCAUGUAUGCAAACAGACAAAUCUGCCAUGCAAAGAAUAUUUAGUAUGUGCAUGUUUUCAGACCAAUGUAGAGCUUUUUUUUCUCCUCACAUCUGGUGUGCUCGUCUAUGUCACCUACUCUUGACAGUUCCGUGUGCAUUCUCCUGAGGUAGUUGCAAGUUCUUAGUUUUAUCACACUUGUAUCAGUGAAUCACCUUUGGCCUAGAUGGAUAGAACUAGUAGUUGAUUUACUCAAGAUGUGCCCAUAUUUGUGGAUGGAAAUAGUCACAGUGCUAGUAAAUUGUAGCAACUCUUUAGUAGUCACAGUGUUGGAAGUUGCUAUGCUGGACCGUUUUCGAGUGGAUGGAAGCUGCGAUAGACUUGAAAUGCAUAUUGUGUUGGUCUAGUUAGUUCCCCCAAAUGUUGGGAUGUUUGAUUUCUAAUUUUCAUUUUUGAAGUAUACAUAUUUAAAAUCUUCUGUGACUGAGCCAUGCCUUUUUUUUUUUUUUUUUUUUAAACCUUCCAACGGACUGCAGCUGUAAUUUGUUUGUUGUUAUUUUCAGGAAAGGGGGUAGUGUGGGUUCUUUGUGUAUGUGUAUGAGUGAGGCACAUAAGGUUCCUUGGAUGGCUUUCUGUCAUGAAGUUCUGAGUUUUAUUGAGACUUGGCAGUUAUUCAGUAAGGACGCCACGUGAGCUGCCUUUGGCCACAGAUGAGACGAUGCAGUUGCAUUAUCAUCAGUUAGGAUUAAACUUGAGCAGGGGUGCUCAGUUGAGUGGCUGGGUUUCUGUUGGGCCGUUAAUGCAUUACAUUACAGGCUAAGGCUUAAUUUGACAUAGGCAGAAAUACAGUUAGGCAUGGAACAGUUUGCAUAGGUUUGGCAAAAUGUGAGAUCCCUUCAGUGUGAAAUGUGUUAGAUUUUGCAUGACUGGAUCCAGACAGGAUAAUCUCAAAGUUAAUCAGUGCUUUAUAUCUACAGUCAACUGAAAGGUACUGAUAAGCUUAAUCUUUUUUCCUUAAUUAUGUUAAUAUUUGCUGUUGUCUAUCUUUAUGUUGCCAAUAAUUUUACGUUUUGUCACACUGUUCUAUUCCCAUUUGCCUUUUUUUGUAACAAAGUGUUAAACCUCUGCAUUGAAUUGUGUACAAGUUUGUUUGUAACAAUGCCAAUUAUGAAAGAUUAUGAUAUUUGUAGAAUGACCUGUUGGUAAUUCUGAGUGUCUGAUUUUAGUGUUUUUUAUCCAUUAAGGAAAAUUAUUCUCAAUGAGUGUAAUAAAUUCAUGGAAAAGUGAAGGUACUCUGCUCUACAUCUGAAUGACAUGUUAAGUUAAAGUGAAUGGUUUUGGCAUAUUUAUGUUUUUUUCCUAUUUAUCAUGUGUAUCCUAUUUUCCGAUGAUGUACUAACUAUGAAUUUGAUGUGCACUGCUUCUCUGACCUAUUUUCGAAAUGUUUUCCAAUUAAAACUAGUGAGAUUAAAAAGGGUUA